AGUUUAAGACCAAAUUAACAGUGUGGAGACUAAAUUAACUCAGGUACCAAAACACUUAAAUCACAGAUACAUGCAACUUCUAUGAAUUACUUGACUUCCCUGUUCCACAGGAGAGAGCACAUGGUCCAGGAGGCAAGUUGGGCAGAUCAGCAUAGUGGAUCCUUACACGGUCACCCCUUUCCACAGGAGAGGGUACAUAAUCCGGGGGAAAAUAUGGAUGGAUUAGUGUAGGGUUCCAGCUGUGCUAUGCAUAGUCCUGCUGCAGGUCCAUGGGGUCCCCUAGGGUCUUUCUCUUACCCCUGGAGUCUCUCCCCAUGUUACUUCAGUUACAAAAUUAGGUAGAGAAUACUCGACUCCCAACUGGCCCGUUCAGAUUCACUCAGGCACCUAACAGCCAGCUGUCCCUGUUGCUGGAGCUCUCAGUCUGCUCCUCUGGAAAGUUCUCCACAGUUCACAACUUUCACAGUGAUAAAUAGGUUUGUUUAUACACAUGGUACUCCUCUAUUUUUAUAACUAAGCUGCUCUCUUAUCCUAUAGGGUUAACUAAAGUUCAUAUGUUAACUCUGUUGUCAACCAGGUCCAAACCCAUGCCAGCUGCCACCACUGGGUCCUCCGAUCCCACCUAUCUUCAGCAAAGUCUUGGGCUGAUAUUUUUAGUGAUCUACAUUGAUGCCAACAUCUCUUUCCAAAGUGAUAGUAGUCAAUUUAAAGUUCAUUUUUGUUUAUAUGUACCUGGUUUUUUCCCCUUUGUGUUUAUUGUCAUUGAAUUCCUAUAUCUGAGGAGCUUGAAUAAUUAUGAAUUAUUCCUAAUUUGUUUACCUCACUGUUUACCUAUUUUGCUAGAUUAUUUUGGGUACGUUGAGCAACAGCAAGCUCUGCACAGAACUCCAAUUUAUUCCCUCUCUUUCGGUUCCUGGAACAAAUACAUUUUGCCUGGUUCAUUGCUGGGGCUGAAGGGGUGGGGAAAAGGAGUGGAAGAGCAGGGUCAGAUGCGUGCUCAGGCAGGGCGCAUAUGGUGAGUUCAGACCUGGUCCCUGACAGCUAGAGAACUCCAGCCUGCUACAGAACUGUUUCCUCACAUGUUAACUUUUUGCCUAAUCCCUUUUUGGGGUAAGGCAAAGGGUAAAUUUUCCUGCCUUGUUGCUUCCUGCUGUACCCUUCUUUAUGCUUGUCACUCUCAUCCUCUGCAGAGCUGUAGGGAAGACCUGCUUGCUGAUCAGUUACACCACGAAUGCCUUUCCUGGAGAAUACAUCCCCACUGUGUUUGAUAACUAUUCUGCCAAUGUCAUGGUAGAUGGAAAGCCAGUGAACCUAGGCCUCUGGGAUACAGCAGGGCAAGAGGACUAUGACCGACUGCGGCCUCUUUCUUAUCCACAGACGGAUGUUUUCUUGAUCUGCUUCUCCCUUGUGAGUCCAGCAUCCUUUGAGAAUGUCAGAGCCAAGUGGUACCCUGAGGUCCGACAUCAUUGCCCGAAUACACCUAUCAUUCUGGUGGGCACCAAACUGGACUUGAGGGAUGAUAAGGACACCAUUGAAAGGCUACGUGAUAAGAAACUGGCCCCUAUCACCUACCCCCAAGGUUUGGCCAUGGCUCGGGAGAUUGGGUCGGUAAAGUACCUCGAAUGCUCUGCCCUGACGCAGCGGGGCUUGAAGACGGUGUUUGAUGAAGCCAUCCGGGCUGUGCUCUGCCCACCGCCUGUGAAGAAGCCUGGCAAAAAGUGCACCGUGUUCUGAGGGCUGUGGCCUAGGUGCUGGCUCAGCAUGUUGUCGUCCUCCGACAGAUUGCGUAUUAGCUGAGUGUUUCUGGAGGGGGCUGGGAUGUGUAGGGCCCUUCAUCAUGUACGAAGUCAGUGUUUUUUAAAUGUCUCUUUGAUUUAACGUCAGUGUUGAUGUGAAGGGGCAGUGGGGGCAGGAGACUAGCUAGGGGGCUGUGGAGCCCCCAGGGGAGGUACAGUGGGGAAGGCAAGGUAGCUCCUUGGGGCAACAGGCUGUUGUGACUCUCCUGAACUCCAAGCUGAAAGAGCUGAGACAUCCAUCCUGUGUUGGAAACACCUGUUUUGUACCUGCAGGGUGAAACAGGUGGUGAAGAUCCUUGUGGGAACGGGGAAGGAGCUGAUAUAAAUGGUGUUGAAUGACAAGAGCAGCUAGGAGAGUAGUAGGGUCUCCUUGCCCAGCCUGCUGUGGCUAACAAAUCGGUGCUCAUGCAGAUAUGUGCCUGAGACUGUUACAGGAAUCCUAACCAGCUCCUGAAGGGGUCAAAAUAAAUGAGAGAUGCAAGGCUGAAGAACUAAUCAUUAGGUGCUUUUUUGGGUACUAGCCAAACUCAGUGAGUGAAACAGCCCUGUGCAGUUGCUGUAUUUGCCUUUUAAUGUGUGCGCACCAUAGGACAGCAUGGUGCUGCUCCCUCCUCAUCAGUCUUUAGCAGGGCCUCCCCCCCGCAAUCCAGUCUCUGCAGAGCAGGGCUGAGGUUGUUGCCUCUGUUUUGUUUUUUUCUACUAAAGACAGUGAAGGAAGCAAUGAGGAGACUGCUAGCUUCUCCCUUCCCUUCCCACUGAAAGUGAAGGUGGACUCUAUGGAUUUGGAUGGAACAGGGAGAGCUUCCAAAGGGUUGUGGGGGGGAGAGGGUUGGAACAAAGACAGGUCCAGUUUCUAAUCAUCAUGUAGAGUGAAAAGAUAAAACCUUAUUUGGUGCAAUAAACAUUCUCCAUGACGGCG